CUAGCGCCAGACGUCUCGCCACUUCAGUUAAUGAGACAGUUGUAUCUGUAUAUCUUCCAACUCAUGAAAGUCUGCUAGCGUUAACUCAAGAGAAGAUUACUACUGUGCAAGGUGAUGGAGUUUUAGAUAGUGGAUGGUAUAGGCUGGGCUGUAGUCUGGGUAUACUGGAUACUCAUCAGGCAGCUGAUGUAGAAGCGGUUGAAGCAGCGUAUGGGUGGACUGGAUGGCAUCCCAGAAACAACUAUCUCGUUAACAGUGCUAAUAGGAAACAAAGUAUAGACGAGACGUCCAU